CCGACUCGGGUUUGUUUUGAUACCCCUUUUCCAGCGGGUCUGGAUGUACACCUACAACCCUAACCCAAUCCGGCGAAAGUGCCUCGGGAACCUUAAAAAGUGGGAAUCGGAAUGCUCGGCAAACGGCGGUCCAUGGCCGUAAAAUGACCGGGCUCCAAGAGGUCAGGUCAGUGGCUCACAGCGGGAGAGAGAGCGGGAACAGCGACAAUGAUGCUACAACAACAGUGGAAAACAUUACCCUCGGGGGCGGAGAUGCACCGAAGCCGGACUCCAUGUCUUCAUUUGAAAUCUGGAUUGUGACUUUAUAAAACAUAUCUUGAGAUUCAUUUGGAAGGUUAACCAGUCGUUCUUCAGUUACUGUUUGAUCAGUCCAAUAUGUCUCGGAUUCUCGCCAGGAGAUGCCCUCAAGGGCUUCUGCGUCAAGCUUUCUCGGCGCCGCGCACCAACGUCACCACUCCCGUCCGUGCCUUUGCCUCUGCCACCUCCAGCGCUCCCUCCUUCAACUGGGAAGACCCUCUCAACCACAAGUCGCUCUUGACCGAGGACGAGAUUGCCAUCGGUGAGACAGCCGAGCGUUACUGCCAGGAACAGCUUCUCCCCCGCGUGCUGCAGGCCUACCGCGAUGAGCACUACGACCCCAAGAUCCUCGAGGAGAUGGGCGACAUGGGCCUGUUGGGCGCCACCAUCGAGGGCUACGGCUGCGCCGGCGUCUCUUCCGUGGCCAGCGGUCUGAUCACCCGCGCCGUCGAGCGCGUCGACAGCGGCUACCGCAGCGGCAUGUCCGUCCAGUCCUCGCUCGUCAUGGGCCCCAUCAACGACUUCGGCACCGCCGAGCAAAAGGAGCGUUUCCUGCCCGGCAUGGCCAAGGGCAAGAUCAUCGGUGCCUUCGGCCUGACCGAGCCCAACCACGGCUCCGAUCCGGGCUCCAUGGAGACCGUCGCCCGUCCCCACCCUACCAAGGAGGGCGUCUACCUGCUCAGCGGCGCCAAGACCUGGAUCACCAACUCGCCCAUCGCCGACGUCCUGGUCGUCUGGGCCAAGCUGCAGGAGACGGGCAAGAUCCGCGGCUUCCUGGUUGAGCGGUCCGCCUGCCCUCCGGGUACGCUCGAGACCCCCCAGAUCAAGAACAAGACCGGACUGAGGGCCUCCAUCACGGGCAUGAUCCAGCUGGACAACUGCCCCGUGCCCAAGGAGAACAUGUUCCCCGAAGUCGAAGGGCUCAAGGGUCCCUUCACGUGCCUGAACAGCGCCCGCUUCGGCAUCGCCUUCGGCAUGAUGGGCGCGCUCGAGGACUGCCUCGCGCGCGCGCGCACCUACGCCCUCGAGCGCAAGCAGUUCAAGGGCAACCCGCUGGCCAAGUACCAGCUCGUGCAGAAGAAGCUGGCCGAGGCGGCCACCGACGUCGCGUACGGCACCCUGGCCGCCAUCCAGGUCGGCCGCCUCAAGGACGAGGGCAAGGCCACGCCCGAGAUGAUCAGCAUGAUCAAGCGCCAGAACUGCGACCGCACAUUGUACCACGCCCGCACGCUGCAGGAGAUCUUUGGUGGUAAUGCGGUGUCGGAUGAGUACCAUAUUGGCCGUGUUGUUGCCAACUUGUAUGUUACGCAGACUUAUGAGGGCCAGAGUGAUAUUCACAGUCUCAUUCUGGGAAGGGCUAUCACUGGUGUUCAGGCCUUUGUGUAAGAUGAUGUGAAAACAGGUUCUUCUUUUCAUGCGAAGUGUGAUGUUUGGGGGCGAAGCGUAUUGUCAUAUACUAUGUACAGUAACAGAUUUCGGUGUUUGAAUCGAUACCACAAAGUUGACCGGUCGCGAAUGCUCUGCAUCCU